AUGCAGGCCCGCGAGAAGCGACAUCGCAAGCAAAUCACUGACCCUCUAGCCAUCGCCAAAUGCCAAUUCUUGUCACUUAGGUCAAGCACAGCGUGCUAUGGUCGGCCUUUGCAUUGCCAUGCACCCCAAAGUUUUGCUGCUUGA